AUGCAGGCCGCGUCAGGUUCGGCAUCAGGAGCUUCGGGCUUUGGGUCUUCUGCGGCGGCGGCGGCGGGGGGGGCGGGGAUGGGGGCGGGAAUUGCGCCGUCGAAGAUGCGGCGCGUGGCUUCCAUGGGGCAGCUGUCGCACCACAGCCGCGCAGGCGGAGGCGCCGAGGGGGAGCGAUGGGUGGGCGUGGGGGGCGCGGGAAGCGCAGGUAUAGGAAUGGGCGGAGGCAUGGGCGCGCGGAGAAAGCUGGGGAUGGGCGCGGGGACUGGCGACGGUAGCAGCGGAAACUCAGGGAGCGAGGAGGACGGAAGCGGGGGAGACGGCGCGGGGACGCGCGCGAGAGCGGGAGAAGCGGCGGAGUUGGGGGAAGAGGAGGGGGGAGAAGACGAGCUGAAGCCUCUGCCGUCGAUCUACCUGCAGCAGCAGCAGCAGCAGCAGAUGCUGCUGCGCCAGCGCCUGUUGCAGCGAAGGGGAAUGAUGCCCCGAAGCCACAGCAGUCACUCUCUAGGGCAGCUGCAUAGGCAGGCGCUCGCAGCUGCUGCGGCAGGCGGAGGCGGAGGCGGGGGCGGAGGCGGAGGCGGAGGUGGGCGCGCGGGGCCAACGGGUAGCAGCGCGGGAGGGGCGCCGCUAGCUUCCCCCAGGAGCAUGGGUCCUCCGCAGAUCCCCCCUGUUUCCCCGCGCGGGGAGUUUGCAGGGGCGCAGGCUGGCGGAAGCAGCAGCAAGCAGCGGGGGAUGGUGGGAAGGGCAGGGGACGGCGGACGCAUGGGCGCGGAGUCAGCGGGAGCAGGGAUGGGCGCUCGACCUGGCGGAAUGGGCGGAAGCAGGGGGGGACAGGCGGGGGGAGCCGCGACGAUGGGGCAAAUGCGCGGAGGAGGGGGCGCGGGAGCAGAUGCGCAGGCGAUGAUGGGGAUGGAGGGGGGCGGAGGGAUGGGCGCGAUGGGGGGAUUGACUCCUCCGCGGCUUCCGUCGCUAAGCGGAAUGCGGAGAGUGCAGAGCACUGGCGAUAUCCAGUCCCUUAGCGCCAUGUCCGGGCUGCCCUUCCCCGAUCAAGGUGGGUGGCUCGUGGGGAGGUCUGUGGGGGUUUGCGUGCUCAUGUGUGUGGCGCUCAUGUGUGUGGCGCUCAUGUGUGUGGCGCUCAUGUGUGUGGCGCUCAUGUGUGUGGCGCUCAUGUGUGUGGCGCUCAUGUGUGUGGCGCUCAUGUGUGUGGCGCUCAUGUGUGUGGCGCUCAUGUGUGUGGCGCUCAUGUGUGUGGCGCUCAUGUGUGUGGCGCUCAUGUGUGUGGCGCUCAUGUGUGUGGCGCUCAUGUGUGUGGCGCUCAUGUGUGUGGCGCUCAUGUGUGUGGCUCUCAUGUGUGUGGCGCUCAUGUGUGUGGCGCUCAUGUGUGUGGCGCUCAUGUGUGUGGCGCUCAUGUGUGUGGCGCUCAUGUGUGUGGCGCUCAUGUGUGGCGCAGUGGUGUGGGAAUUGUCAGCGGCGCAUCUCACGCUAUCGGCAGAAGCGGCACGAGUCGACCCCUCAACUCACCACUAUGCGCCCCCUCUCUCCCUUGACCCCCCCUCCCCCUCUCCCCUUCAUUUCUCCCCCUCUCCCCCUCCCCUUCAUUUCUCCCCCUCUCCCCCUCCCCUUCAUUUCUCCCCCUCUCCCCCUCCCCUUCAUUUCUCCCCCUCUCCCCCUCCCCUUCAUUUCUCCCCCUCUCCCCCUCCCCUUCAUUUCUCCCCCUCUCCCCCUCCCCUUCAUUUCUCCCCCUCUCUCCCCCUCCCCUUCAUUUCUCCCCCUCUCCCCCCCCUCCCCUUCAUUUCUCCCCCUCUCCCCCUCCCCUUCAUUUCUCCCCCUCUCCCCCUCCCCUUCAUUUCUCCCCCUCUCUCCCCCUCCCCUUCAUUUCUCCCCCUCUCCCCCUCCCCUUCAUUUCUCCCCCUCUCCCCCUCCCCUUCAUUUCUCCCCCUCUCCCCCUCCCCUUCAUUUCUCCCCCUCUCCCCCUCCCCUUCAUUUCUCCCCCUCUCCCCCUCCCCUUCAUUUCUCCCCCUCUCUCCCCCUCCCCUCUCAUUUCUCCCCCUCUCCCCCUCCCCUUCAUUUCUCCCCCUUUCCCCCCCUCCCCUUCACUUCCCCCCCUCCCAGUACGUGUGCCGCAAGACUCUGGCAGACAGCCGCCCGCGCGUGCGGGGCAGAUUCGCCCGCAAUGAUGACAUGGUGAGACACGGGCAGGGAGGGAUGGAAGGGGGUGAAUGGAUGUCGGAGCGCACGCAGCAAGCACUACCGCCUCAUUACCGCGUAGCCAUGGCGGCUCUCGCGUCCUCCUGCGUUUCCCUGGGAGCGGUCUCUCUGCCGUCCCAGGCAGUGCAGCCCAGGAGGGAGCAGCUUGGCGUCUCGCGACAACGACAGCCCUACCGCCGGUUGCCCGUGACACGAGCUGCAGCCUCGCCAGAAGGCAAUCAGGCCUCCACAGCCACGGAAACGCCGCCUGCUCCUGCUGGUAGUAGUGAGAGCAGGGUCUCAGGAGAUGUGUGCAAGGCGUGUGGCAGGACAGAGAGGGUGGGAGGCUGCAACGGGGAAGGUCGUAUUCAGGGCGGCGUUGGUGCACUCCCGGGCUUCCAGUGGUUUCCAGUAAAAGUGUAUCGACCGUGUCCCGCGUUUGUUGAGGCUGGGGGGAAGUACAAGCGCCAGGGCCAGAGCCUUGAUGAGAUGGCGUUUGGUACGAAAGCCGAUGGGGACAACAACUGA